AUGCGGCGGGCGCUGCUCUACAAAGUUUUCCUGCUUGUGUUGCUGUACUCGCUGCAGGCGAUUCCAAUCGGCAUUUCCACGGCACUGCCGGUCGUGUUGCAGCGGAACGGCGCGAGCUACUCGAGUUUGGCGCUGUUCAAUCUCGCGGUGCUGCCGUUCACGCUGAAACUGCUGUGGGCGCCGCUCGUCGACAGCACGCAGCUCAAGCCAUUCGGCCGCCGCAAGUCCUGCGUCGCUCAAAUGUCGUACUUCAGCCACAUGAGCGACGUCAGCAUCGGCGGCACGCACAUGACUGUCUUCAACACGCUCGCCAACCUCGGCUCCAAAUGA